GACGGAGCAUGCAUACAGCGGCGGAAGAGCAAGUUUGUACCGUGUUAACAUCAACAGACACACGGUGACUUCUCUCCUCUGUCGUGUUAAUAUCACUAACAGCUUCAACAUGGGAGUUUCUGCGCUUGAAUUAUUUUAACCUUACAUUUCCUGGCCAAAGCAAACCGCUCCAACCUCCACCACGAUGAACGCGUCUGCAGGGACGGGGGUGUUUGUGCUCUCCUUGAUGUCCAUACCAAUCUGCUAUUUAUUCAAUUCUCUCAUUUACAGCGACAGUGCGGAAGUUUUCCUCUUUGCUGGUUGCACAGCAGUCUUCAUUCUUCUCAUCUCUGCUCGUUUUAUACUCAAGAAGAAGGCUCCAGUAGAUCCUCUUUUUUAUGUGUAUGCAGUGCAUGCGUUCCUCAGUGUGGUGAACCUGAUCAUUGGGUUGGAGCAGGACAACAUUAUUGAUGGAUUUGUGACAUUUUACCUCAAAGAGGCAGAUCCACACAUUAACACAGCACAUGGUCACAUGAUCUCAUUCUGGGACGGCUGUGUCCACUAUCUUAUGUAUCUGCUCAUGAUUGCCGCUAUCACAUGGGGGGACAGUUACAGAGCCAUUGGACUCUACUGGGUGGGAUCUUUUCUCAUGCGUGCCAUAGUCUACAUUCUUGGAAAUGCUGUGGGAAAAUAUGGGACCCAUGUCAGUCCUCUCUUCUUCCUCCACAUGUUGUAUAUCUCUGUGUCUGUGUGGGCCUGCUUUCGAAUUUUCAGCCAGCCCUCUAUGAGCGACAUUCAGCUGACAAGCAUACAGGAGACCGAACGAAACAGUUUAAUUUACAGACCUCUGGACUUACUGUUCAUCAUCUACCUCAUUCCUGCUUUUGCUUUUUGUGUCUUCAGAGGCCUGAUUGUUUUGGACUGUUCCAGCGAAUGGUGUCAAGACUACACACAACUAUAUGAGCCCUACCUGAAAGACCCGUCAGCCUAUCCUAGAGUACAGAUGCUGGUGAACAUGUUUUACUCUGGACCUUAUUACAUCAUCACUCUGUAUGGGCUGAUGGUUCCAGGAUGUGAAUGGAUGCCUGAUCUGACACUGGUACACUCAGGAGCAUUAGCACAGGCACAGUUCUCUCAUAUUGGAGCGUCUCUUCACACACGGACGCCGUUCUCCUACAGAGUACCCGCUGAUAGCCAGCCAGUCUUCUUGCUGGUCAAUGUUCUGUAUGCUCUGGUGCCUCAGGCUUUGUGCUACCGCUGCUGCACUAGACCUGCCUUCUUUCUCAGGCCAAAAACAGACAAAAAGACUGAAUGACUCAGAGUGCCGGGGAUGCUGACAGUGCUUGAAUAAAAAGCUGAAGUUCACACAAAUCACUGCUCUACCUUUGCAACAGCUCAGCUCAACAGUUUCUGUUUUUGGGAACGAUUCUGGCACCAGUAGACUCCAUGAAAACAAUGGUGAUUUAAUGGAGACAUAGCAAAACCCUUCAUUUCCAGAAGUUAUAUCAUCUAGUAUUAUUAAUGUUUUACUGCUUACUGAAAAUGUGAAAAAUAUAAAGUAAAAAGCAAAUAAGCACAUAAGUCACACAUAGCAUCACAGUUAUACUUUAGGACUGUAUGGCAUUCAAGCACUUAAUAACACUUCUUUUACUUAAGUUUUUUUUAUAUAUAUAUAUAUAUAUUUUUACUAUUAUUAACACAGCUUUCUUGUCAACAGUAAGGUUUCU